AAAUUUAAUUUUCAAAUGAGUUUUAUAUUGAAUUCACUGCAACGCUGGCCAUCACUGGCCACCACUCGUCACUGGUUUCCGAGGUUGAUGACCGCCCGGCAAAUGUGUGGCAAAAAUAUGGCCAAUGACGCCGGUGAAGACAAGGUCACCAAUUUUGCCGACAACGACGACGAAGAAGUGGUCAAAAACGAGCGCAUCUUUGCCGAAGUAAACGCCAAACAGUAUGAAUGUUUGGCCACCGAUUCGGAUCAGUUGCGGACAAUCAGCGGAAUACUGUCCACAUAUGAAUAUUUGAAGUAUUCGACGAGCGAAGUACCGACACAGUUGACCACUGACCACAUGAGGCAUUUGCUUCAAUUGAAAUCACGUAAUCAGAGAAACAAGUAUUUGAAUUACUUGUAUAAGAAGGAGAUCCGAGAAAUGGUCAGCAAUAGGAUGAGGUCACGAGAAAAGAUUGAUAAGAAGAAACAAUUGACCGAUCGGUGGCACGAUAUGGGCGCCAAUCGGACCGGCAUUUUUGAUGACAAUGGAAACAUUGUUUACGGUUUAUGGCAUAACACACUAUUCACUCGUAUAUCACCUCAAAAUACUCGCCACCAAACACAGCAUCGGCUACGAAAUGCAUCGCUGUUUGGCCAAAACAUUGUCUUUGAUAUGACAGCUGAUCCACAGAUAACUGUCAGCAAUUGUCUGACCAAAUUGAGACAACUGGUCAACAGUUAUCAAGUAAAUCGCUAUCAUUUUAACGAACCAUUUAAUCUGCACUUCUGUAAUGUCGACCAAAAUAGUGAUAUUUGGCGAACAAUUCAACAGAAGAGCUCUGAAUUUACCAAAUUUCCGUACUUUUUGUCUGCAUUUACCUCAAAGUCAUAUUUAGAUCUAUUUAAUCCGCGAGAUGUGAUAUAUUUAUCGCUUAGAGCCGACCAACAGUUGUUGGACUAUGAAUCGGACAAAAUCUAUGUUAUCGGGUUUGGCGACGACUUUUCCAGUAAAGACAAGUUGAGGUAUAAGUUACGAUCAGAGAAGAUCCAAUUCAGACGUUUGCCAUUAGAUAAGUUUGUUCAGUGGAGUGGACCCACUAAGGACUUGAAGUCAGCGAUUGUUUUGAACAUUUUAAAUGACAUCAGAGAUGGCCAACAAUGGCGUGAAGCCUUUGAACGCAAUCUACCAAAAGGUUUCAUCAAAUCUCAAGAUGUGAUCGAAAAAGAAAAUUUAUAUAUUAUGGAGAAAAUUAAGAAAAGGUUAAAAAUUUCAAAUAAUUUGAGACUAGAGUUAUGA